UCGCCCGUUCAAUAGUAUGAUACUGUUUCUUUUUCUAUUUUUAUUAUCUAUGCCGAUACAAAUAUCAAUACGAACAUAAAAAUGCAUCCGGCUAUAUCCGCCCUUUGACCUGCCUCUGAGUCAGGAAAAACAUCAAGUGGACAAUAAUUUCAUUUUGCGAAUAUCAAUGCAAUAGUACAGGAAUUAUCAUUUACCAUGGAGCUAAAUCUAUUUAUCGCAUUCUUCACUCUUUCAAUCGCUUUGGGAUCGCCUGUACCAGAAUGUGGACCACCAGAAACGUUACCCAACGUCCUCACCUCUCCCAGCGAAACAUCUUACCCGCUUUGGUCGAAAAUCACAUUAUCAUGUGAUGAUGGAUACAGUCAUGUUGGAAGUCAAUACUCAUACUGUGUUGAAGCUGGUGUAUGGGACCCAAGUCCAGAUAAUGCUUUGUGCUUGGCCAAUUGUGCUGAACCUGCCGUAGGACCAAAUGUGGUGCAUUUUCCGUUUGGACGUGACCCGGAAUCAACGCAACCUGUGUACAAUCAUGAGGAUGUAAUUCAGUACGCAUGCGCGGAGGGAAACAGUGCCAACCUCGUGGGACCAAAUGAAGCAACAUGUGAAAAUGGAUUAUGGGUACCUGCAACAACGCCUUCAUGCAAUCAUUGUACACCUCCUCUUGUAUCGGAUCCAAAGGUCAUCAAACUUUCUCCAAAUCGGCAAACCUACGCCACCAACGACGAAGUGAUUUUAUCAUGUUCUGAUGACGUCAGGUAUACAGCUAUAGGAACAAACGUUACCUAUUGUGAGGAGAACGGCAAGUGGACACCAGACCCUACAAAGAUGAUGUGCCGUGAGAACUGCCAGCUCCCAGCCCAUGACGCAUUGGUCGAGUCACGCCCACUACGGAAGAUGAGCGUUGAAGGAGAUGCGAAGAUUUCCCGAUUCAACGCCGUCAUUCAAAACUCUUGUCCUACUGGAAAGGUAUUGGUUGGACCAACCACGCAGAGAUGUGUUCAAGGAAAAUGGCUACCCGAUCGGAAGGUUGUGUGCACCUAAAUCAGGGAGUUGCGUCACGUGGAUGUAUUCUUAAAUUAAUGGGGAAUGGUUCACAACUCAUAAUUAAUAGCUUUUUACGUUGUCAAAAGUAUAACUUCUGGACGAUACUAUAAUGUUGGAAACACAGCAUUGCUACUUAAAACUUACUUAAAUGCAAAAUGGCUAAUCUGGUGAGACGAGGGGCCACUCAUUUAAAUCUUUUGAGAGUGCAUUAUAGCUGCUUCUAGUCAGAGUGAACAGUGUAUGAUUAGUCAUUUUCACUCCAAAAGGAGCUAUGAUGCACUCUCAAAAGAUGUCAAUCCCACUCCAAACCGACUGGUCUCUCGUCUCACUAUACAUGCUAUGAGAGAAGUGUGAUUCGGGACUAGAUGAGCUCGUUUGCAUUCAGAGUAUACUUCAAAUAUUGACUUGAAUUUGUUGUAACUCACUUUCUUUUUUUCUUUAUUUAAAUAAUUCAUCAAGAAUUUUAUAUAAUAUCUAUAAUUAGCCUAUAUUGAUACAUGUUUCAGCAGACUAGUAUUCACUCAUUGACAAGAAAGGUAAUUCAAAGGCAAUUGAUGUCACACAAUGUAGUUUAUAUUGCUGUAAGGGAACCGAUAUUGCAUUCUUUCUUUCUCCAACCUUCUUCUAACUCACUAGUUACUCCAUCCUCCCCCCCCCUCUCUCUCUCUCGCUGUAUAUAGUUUAUAAAUCACACAAUGAUUUCCUACCUAAUCACUUUAAUGUCGUGCAUAAAAGUGUAUAUGUCAUGUUUUUACACCACGUAUGCUGAUUGCUAAAGAUUAAUUCUUGCUUAGUCGCUACGCUCCCUCGCAUAUAUCAUAUAUGAUUCUGUGAUGAUAUCUCAUACUAU